AUGUCCACCGUGAGCAAUAAGUCUUCGAAGAGACCAUUAUUAAAAAACAUUUCAUCAUCAAUUGGUGGAUUAUGGCACACAUUCUUCACCAACAAUGCCAUUCACGGAAUAACAUAUUUAGUCAAGGAACAAUUAACCAGUAUUGAAAAGAUUUUGUGGUUUAUACUUAUUAUCGUAUCGAUCUUCUUUACUGUUGUACUCAGCUUGCAAUCCAUUGAUCGGUUUAACAGAAAAAGCACUGUUAUAAGUCUAGAACGUGACAGCUAUAAUUUUAUAACGUCAAUGCCUGGCGCUACAAUUUGUCCUAUUAAGCGCUUAGACAAAGGACUUUAUGAUGCAUACUAUAACACUUUUAAAGACAAAUCAGAAUUAUCAAUAAUUGAUACGAAAAUACGCGGUUCUGCAGGUAGUAACAUAAUAUAUACCCGUCAAGUCUUAACUGAAUAUGGUCUCUGCUAUAUAACUAAUACUUACUUGGAACCAAAGUACUCAUCGUAUUAUUUUUUCUAUGGCAAACCAUUUGAAACCAAUUACAAAGACUUAAAGCUAAUUAAAGUUAUUAAAGGUGGAUAUUUCAGCGAAGAUAUGUCAUAUACGUUUAAGGGCUUCUUCAAUACACCCAUAGAGCCAUACAUUCAUAGUCCUCACGAAGUGAUGCAAGUAGAUAAAAGCUUAGGAACCACCGAAGAAGCUUGUAAUCAUUUUAUGGAAACUUUAGAAAUAAUUACCGAAGAAGACUUUGAUACAGGUACUACCAUCAAUCAAAGACAGUGUCGUUUUCAGCACGAAACAAACUUAACACAUUUUCCGAUAUACACAAAAAAUUUAUGUGUACAGGAAUGUCGUCUUAAUUUGGUAUACAAGAUAUGUGGCUGUAUACCCCAUUUUUAUCCAAAUCGAAUUGCAAAUCCAAAAGCAGUUUGUAGCUACAAACAACUUAAGGAAUGCUUAUCAAUGCAUGAAGAAUGGUUUAUUAAGCUUGACAACAAAGAUACAGAUAGCAGUAAUGUUACUGUGAAACAGGAUCCAUGCUAUUGCUUACCAAAUUGCCUUGAUGCUAUUGUGAUGAGCGACUCCGGCAGUAUUUUAGGCGGCAACAGUAUAAUUGUUAGUCUUUUCCAAAGACCACAAAUGCGCCUAAAACGUCAACUUAUAUUUACAUUCACUAAUUUGUUAGGUAAAACUUGA